AGUUAACACAACAGGAUGAAUUUUCACUUCCUCUCUAUUAUUGUCUCCACCCUCUUCUUCUGGAGUUUUAUAGAAGCACAGAGGUCAUUUAGUGUUUGUUUUCAGUCUGUUGUAAUAGGGACCGCUGCAAUGAUUUUCGACCUGAACUCCGUGAGCCUGGCUUUGGUUCUGGGUUUGAUCUUUCUGGUUCUGUUUGAGAUGAUGAGGAUUCAUUUCACCAGAGCCCGAACUCCACCUGGACCCAGACCUUUUCCUUUUGUAGGAACGUUACCAUAUGUUUUAAAGGAUCCAAUGGGAUCUAUCAGAUCACUACGUCAAUAUGGAGAAAUGUCUACCGUGUACAUGGGAAGACAACCCAUAAUAAUCUUAAAUACACUUCAGAUCUCCAAGGAAGCCCUGGUCCAAGAGGCUUCAACUUUUUCUGGAAGACCAUAUUUACCUCUUAUGGAAUGGUUUUCUAAAAAUCUCGGUAUUGUAAUGGCACCGUUCGGUCACUCGUGGAGACAGCAGAGAAGGUUUGCUCUCCACACGCUCAGAGACUUCGGCCUGGGAAAGAAAUCUGUGGAAGAGCGUGUGUUAGAUGAAUCCCGAUACCUGGUUACUGAGAUGCUCAAAGAUGAAGGAAGGGCAUUUGACCCAGAGCACGCCUUACAGAAUGCAGUUUCUAAUAUAAUCUGCUCCAUCGUGUUUGGAGAUCGCUUUGAAUAUGAUAACAAACGCUUUGCACACCUUCUGAAAAUCCUUAAUGAGAGCAUCAUACUAUCAGGGUCUGCUAUAGCGCGGAUGGUCGACUUACUUCCCUUCCUCAUGCACUGCCCUGGACCUCACCAGAAGAUCCGUCAGAACACCACUGAGUUACGGGAUUUCAUCCGCGAGGAAGUUAAAAAACACAGACAAACUUUAGAUCCGGAGAACCCACGAGACUUCAUUGAUGCCUACCUGUUAGAGAUAGAGAAACAAAAGUCACAUGAGGACUCGACGUUUCAUGAGGAGAACUUGCUUAUGUCAACAAUCGAUCUCUUUUUCGCUGGAACCGACACAACAUCCACCACCAUCAGAUGGGGACUCAUCUUCUUGAUGGAAAACCCAGAUGUGCAAGAGCGAUGUCAUAAGGAGAUUGUUCAGGUGUUGGGUUAUGAUCGUCUGCCCAGCAUGGAUGACCGUGACAAACUUCCAUACACAUACGCCACUGUUCAUGAGAUUCAACGCUAUGCUAACAUCGCACCGCUUGGUGUAGUUCAUGCAACCACACAGCCAACCAAACUAAGAGGAUAUGACAUUCCCAAGGGAACUAUCAUCAUGACAAACUUAACAGCAAUUUUCAGUGAUAAGGAGCACUGGAAAUGUCCGGACACUUUCAAUCCAGAGAAUUUCUUGGAUGAGAACGGACAUUUCUACAAACCUGAGGCGUUCAUCCCUUUCUCAAUGGGUCCGAGGGUUUGUCUUGGAGAGACCCUUGCAAAGAUGGAGCUUUUCCUUUACUUUGUGUGUCUCCUACAGCAAAUUAAUUUCUCCUGGCCACCAAACUCACAGCAUCCAGAUAUGGAUGGUAUCGUAAGUUCAUUGAGACACCCUCACCCCUUUAAAAUCAUCUGCCGUAGCAGAGAUGCCAAAGAUUGAUCGUCAGUGACCCGACCCAACACGCCAACAAAUAGCCAGUGGGCGAAUUGUAAAAAAAAAACAAUCAUUGGGGAGGACUCACACAAUAACAAAAUCCAUUUUUUUUAAUUAAAUUAUAUAAUUGAUUAAAUUAAUUUUGAGUUGAGUAUGAUGCCAUUUUAAUAUUUAAAGUCUUUUGUUUAUCAAGACUGUAUUUAAGCUAUUUAAUAAAAAACAUUAUUGUAAAUUACUAUUGCAAAUUACAACAAUUGUGUUCAAUCUAAAAAAAAUGUCUAAAUGUAAUUUAUUCCUUGCAAAAAGUUGAAUGUUCAUCAGCAUCAUUGCGCGAGUCUUCAGUGUCACAUGAUCUUUCUGAAUUCUAAUAUGCUGAUUUGCUGCUCAGGUAAUAUUUAUUAUUAUUAAUGUUAAACACAGCUGUUUAAAAUACAGAAAUGUAAUAAUUAAAUGUAAAAUAACGCUAAAUAGUAUUUACUGUAUGAAUUAAAUGUAAAUUAAUCUUU